AUGCCUCCAUUCCAAUUUAGGGGAAACUCUAACUAUCGUGGGUCACGUCCGUACCCGCGACAUGAGUUCACGUUCAGGGCACCGAAGCCACCCACCGCGGAGCGUCCGCUCUUGUCGAACAAGAGGGAAAGCACACCAGAGCAGUUACAGGGCGAAACCAAAUCUGAGCCGAAAUUUGCAUCGCUGGCAACAUUGAGCGAUAGUGAGGAGGUGGAUAUGGACACAUCAGAUUCCGAAGACGACGAACGCCCACGCAAGAGACGUGCUUUAGGUCUUGAUGGGCUCAACGACGCCGACGUAACGCGACCUGACCCCCCACCAAAUGUUCCUAAGUGGUCAAACCCCGAUCCUUACACGGCGCUACCCCCACCAGACGAAAGCAAAACACCCAAAAUCGACUUCGUCAAGCUCAUUCGCAAAGCGCGUCUUGACAACGCGGCUAAGUCCGAGAAGUCCGACGCCGUCACCGACAACCAGGACUUUAUUUCUCUUGGAAUGGCGGACGAGGCGGAGCCUCAGGAUAACGCGCCAGAGGGUGCCCCACGAGGACCCAAGGCAAUGGAAGGCCUUGACCCUUCCAUUACCAGCCGCAAGCGAACCCGUGACGAUGAGCUUAAAGGCUUCUCGAGAAAGUCGGGUAAGCCUGCUAGCCGGUUUAAUUUCGAUGGCUCGGUUGUUGAUCAAUGGCGACCGUUGCCAAACGAGGCUGGCACGCCAUGGCUCGACAUGCCAGAUCAUCCCCAGUCAAUGCACAUUGGCACUCAGUUAGUAUUAUCCUUGUGGUUCGUUCGCUUUCACAUUAUUUAUAUUUCGCCCAGGCUACAUAACGAGAUCAUGAGUUUCUAUCAUUGGGCCAAGCCUCAGGACUUUGAGAACAUCGUCCGGGCAGAUCUAAUCACCCGAGUGGAGACUGCCUUCCGACAACGAUACAGCAACAUUCAAGUGCGAGCCUUUGGUUCCUAUGCGUCUGGACUCUACCUUCCAACUGCGGAUAUCGAUCUUGUUCUUCUCUCAAACACCUUCACGCGCACAGGAGUUCGAACCUUCGGAGAGAGAAAGGGCCAGAUCUAUGGAUUUUCAGCCUUCGUGAAGGGCAGCAACCUUGCAGUUCCUAACUCGAUCGAAUGUAUCGCUGGCGCUCGCGUGCCAAUCCUCAAAUGGGUCGACAAGCUUACUGGACUCCGCGUAGACUUGUCUUUCGACAAUGACAGCGGUUUGGUUGCCAAUGAGACAUUCAAGAAGUGGAAGGCCCAGUUUCCUUCAAUGCCGGUCAUUUUGUCUGUCAUCAAACAGUUCUUGCUGAUUCGGGGUCUCAAUGAAGUUCCAACCGGUGGACUGGGAGGUUUCUCUAUUACUUGCUUGGUUACAAGUCUUCUCCAGCAUUACCCUCAGGGUCACUCUCAGCCCAAUCUUGGAAGUAUCCUCAUGGACUUCUUUUACUUUUACGGAAAGCAUUAUCGCUAUGAAACCCAAGGCAUCCGGAUGGAACCACCGGGAUAUUUCAACAAGACCUUCUUCGGAAAUCCCGAUCGCCUUACUAUUGAGGAUCCCAACAACCAGGACAACGAUAUCUCAGGCGGCACGAAGGAGAUUAGCUUGAUUCUCAGAACUUUUUCAAAGGCCCACACUACCCUGCAGCGUCGCGUUGAACAACUCGCCUCUAACGAAGAUCACAAAUCGAGCAUUCUGGGACCUAUCAUUGCAGCCAACUUUGACGAAUACAUCGAACAGCGCGAGCAGCUACGCCACGUGUUCCUGAUGGAGCCGAGAUUCGCACGCUACAGGACACCUCCCCCGCCACCACCAGGCCCGUAUCCGGAAGAUGGAGUUUGUUCUCCUCCACUGCCUCCCGGUCCGCCACCAGGUCCUCGUCAGUCAAACCGGAAGGAAAAGAACAAGUCGGCGGGUACGAAAUCUGAGCCCGAAGAUAUUUCUUCAGAUGACGAGCCUUCCGGAGAAACAAAGUCGGGCAAGCCCCGUAGAGACGAAACCCGGCGUGUGGCCUGCAAGGAGCGUGCUGCGCGAUUGAAGAGACUGCGACCAGAUUUGAGCAAGAUUUCCAACUCCCUGAGCUUCAGCCAGGCUCGCCGCGUUGGUGGCUACGAGACCAACGAGGAAAUGGAGAGAGACCUCGAUAAUCGCGAGAGGGAUCUCCACAGCAAGAAGGAGACUAACGCGGCAUGGAAGAUGGUGAUGGAUGAUGCUUGA